AUGCAUGCACCCUUAAUCCAGCGGCGCCAUAUUGGAGCCAGCUCCUAUUUCCGACAACAUCCCUUUCAACUCAUGAACCGAACUGCAGAAAAGAAGACAAAUCCGGAACCGGGAAUAUUGGACGCAAGCGUCGAACCCGAGUACUACUUCAAGACUUCAACUGGGGUAACAGGCGGCGGCCGAUCUGCAGCGACCGGCGUAGCCAAAGUGUCACCAAUAGUGGUGAUCGAAGAUGUCAUGGAGGACGAGGAGUGGCAAAGCUGUCUUGUGACCGAGACAGCCGAAAGCAGCCCUGCUGUCCUUGGAGCCGAGGAUGUGGUGAACACUCCUUUGAAAAGAAUGUCUACCCCGAUAGAAACGCCUGCAGACUUGGAGUCAUCAUUUCUAUGGGGAAGUAAGCUGGAUGAAGGGAGCAAAACGUCAAAAAAUUUGCUACCCACUCGAGUGCUGCGCCCGAGGCCCAAGAUGGAGUAA